GUAAUGUAAAGAUGAGACCACGUUCAUGGAAAUAUUGUUUGUUUUGUAUUUUUAUACAGAAGUGAUAUAUAGUUAACAGGUAUCAAGAAUUCGGUACAAUGGCUUUUACUUUCUUACGUUACAGGAAUAAAUACGUAAUAUUGAUUAUGUUUGCAUUAGGUGCAUUCUUUGCAUUCAAUUGCUAUAUUUUAAAUAAAAGUUCAACAAUUUUAGAUAUUACAGCUGACACUGUGAUUAGAACUGCCCUCCUAAAAAUCCAAAGGACUGAAAAGGAAGUGGAAGACACUUCUCUAGAUACACCAUCCAUAUUCAAUAAAGUAUCUAACAAUAGUUUCGAAUUCACCCCAAUUUCGUUAAACAGUGAGUAUUCAUUAAAGAAUAUCCCAAAAAGCUCACGCAAAGCCAUAAAAUCCACUAAAAAUCAUGCUUCUAUAAUAAACACUCCUGGCUGUAGAAUACCAAAAAUGGACCCUUUGGAUCCUUCGGUACUUCCUUUCAUUCAGGUACUGGAUCCAUUAAUCUGCUCUGGAAGUCCCUUAUUCAUGACCCCUGAACCACAUGGUAUUGUUCAUCUGAAUGAAUCGGUGCUGCAAAAAUAUUACAAUUCUACAGCGAAAGAUCUAGAAUGCGUAUAUGAAGGGGUACGGCGUAUCGUUACACCAGAAAUGGACAGAGAAAAUGGCAUCUACAAGACGACUGAAAGCCAGUUAGUGUUCGAUAUCCCUAUUAAUGAAGACAACAUAGCUGUGAAAUGCUUUUUUAAAAACAACAAUACUCAUGAGCAGUACAUGCCUCUCACAAGACUUAAAGAAAAAGUAGAAGAAGAAAAAUCUCAACUGAAACCUUCUUCUCAGCUAAAUGUAAUCCUUUAUGGCAUUGAUUCUGUUUCUAAGUUGAAUUUCCUCAGACAUUUCAGACAAACAAAGAGUUUUCUAAAAGACAAAAUAAACAUAUUUGACAUGAAAGGUUACACUAAAGUAGCUGAUAAUACAUUUCCUAACCUGGUACCAUUACUUACAGGUCAUUUCGUUGAGUUCUAUUGGAAUGAAUCAAUGGCAGAUACAUUCUAUUUUGAUAAUAUAAGUUUAAUUUGGAAAGAUUACGCUCAGCAAGGAUACAGAACAUUUUUUGCUGAAGACGCUCCUUUAUUUGGAACGUUCAACUACUUCAAACGGGGAUUUCUGGCGCAGCCAACAGAUUAUUACUACAGACCAUUGGCACUAAUGUUAGAACACUCUACAAUAAAGGAAGAACCAAACAAAUACAACUCUACUUGUUUGAAUUCAGAAUUAGAAAUGGACCUUAUCAAUAACUAUUUAAGGAACUUUGUUAAAACCAUGGACAACAGACCACAUUUUGCUUUUGCCAUGCAUUCCACUCUCACUCAUGAUGUCUUAAAUUAUGCCAGUUACGCUGAUGCUCCAACUGCAAGACUCCUGAAAGCCCUUGAUGAUGAUGGUUCGUUAAAUAAUACUCUUUUAAUCAUGUUCAGUGACCAUGGUAUAAGAUACAGUGAUAUCAGAUUCACGUACAUCGGUAAAUUCGAAGAGAGGAUGCCAUUUAUGUAUAUACACAUACCCAAAUGGUUUUUAAAACAACAUCCAAACAUUGAAAAAAAUCUCCUCAUUAAUCAAGGUAGACUCAUCACUCUUUUUGAUAUACAUGCAACUUUGAAGCACGUGCUAAACUUGAAGCAAGAUUUGUACGAAACCACUGAUGAACUCGGGUUAAGUAUUUUUAAUGAAAUACCUGAUAGCAGAACAUGCGAAGAUGCUAAUAUACGUCCACAUUGGUGUCCUUGCACCAGUUUUGAUGCGAUAUCUUUGAAUGACAAGACUGUGGUAAAUGUUGCCGGUGCAAUCGUUAGACACAUAAAUGAAAUGCUACUUCCUUUUUCAAAUGUGUGUAGUGUAUUGGAUCUUAAGGAAAUAACAGAUGCCUUACGUGGAUUACCAAAUAGCAUUGUGCUAAAAUUUAGAGGUUUAGCUGAAAAUAAUUCCACAAUCUUGAAAUUAGGCAGUACUCCUCCUACACUUGGAGAUUAUCUAAUAACUCUGAAAACUCAUCCAGGAGAUGCUAUGUUUGAAAGCACUGUGCGAUACGAUGAAGUCAGUAAUAUCCCCAACGUAUUGGAUAUCAGUAGAAUCAAUAUGUAUGGUAAACAGUCAUGGUGCAUAGACAGUCCGAGACUUAAAUUGUAUUGUUAUUGUAAAACACAGAUAGUUUAACGAGAUAUCGUUAUAGCAGAGAUCAUGAAUUAUAUUGCCGGAUAUGGUCUGGCGCAUGUGUUUUUAACCCUUAUGGGCCCGGCAGGGUACGUAAAUCUGCAAAAGGAAAUGUCGAUUAAAUACAUUUUUAAUUUCAACGAAAAUCGCUAAAAUGUAGGAUGAGGCAAAUAAAUGGCCACGAAAAUGGGUUAAAGGUAUUAAUUAUGUCUAGAUAUUAUUGAAUUUGAUUAUACAAAGUAGAAUGUAUUAUUGUCAACUUUUCCUUUUAUCCUUAUUAUCCUUAUCAUUAUUAAACGUAUCCUUAUUAUCCGUAUCCUUA